GGAGCCCGCUAAGCGCCGCCAACUCCCCGCCCCGCUCGCUCCGGCCGCCCGGCGCCUCGCAAGAUGAGCGGCCGGCUUGGGGGGGCCUCUUCCAGCCGCCGCCGCCGCCGCAGCACCAGCAGCCGCCGCUCCUCCCGGGCAAGAUGAGCGCUUCUCCGCGGAAGGAGGCGCCGAUCUCCCGCAAGCAGCGGCUGAUGGCCGCGAUCGCCUCCCCGGCCGCCGCCUGUCCCUCCUCCGCCGCCUCCUCCUCGGCCGCCGCGCCGCUCUGCUGCUUCAUCUGCGGCGGCGGCAUCAGCCGGGGCAAGGAGCUGCGGCUGCAAGUGCGCCCGGCCCGCGCCCACCAGCCCUUCUUCCCUUUCCUGCAGCAGCAGGAGCCGGCGCCCGGCGCGCGGGAGGUGAGCGCCGAGGGCUGCGCCCUGGUCUGCGCCGUCUGCCGCUGCUUCCUGGCCGAGCAGUGGGACGCCUUCGAGCGGGCGCGGACGCCGGUGGAGAAGCGCAUGUACUGGCUCAAGCGGCCCUACCAGUGCGAGGGACCCGCGGGGGCGGCGGGCGGCGGGCUGACCCGGGCGCCGCAGGAGUGGAACCUCGCCUACGCGCUGGGCACGGACGACGAGCGGCGGCCCGGCGGCAGCAGCCCCGACGACCCCCGGGGAGCGCCCGCCGCGGCGCCGCCCGACGACUCCUCGCUCUCCUCGCUCUCCGACGCCGAGACCUUGUCGGAGACCGAGCCGCGCUUCCCCGCCGCGCCAGCCAGCCCCGAGGAGCGGAAGAGGCCGGGCGCGCAUCUGUCCGCUCGGCCCCGCCAGGGGAGCCGGCUGCGGCCGGCCCCGGAAGAGGCGGCUGCGACGAUCCCCUUUCACCCGGGGAACGGGCUGCCACUGGCUCCGAAGCCUCGCAGGAAGCGGCAGCGGCCGGUGCGGCGCCGGGCAAGCGGGGAGCCUCUUUGGAGCGCGGCCAUGGACGGCUUGGGACGGUCGCCGGCGUCGCAGCCCGGCUUGGAAGUGAGGCGAGCCGAGCGGGCGGCGGGCGAGUGGCCCCGGGCGCCGUCGGACCGCUGCUCGUCGGAGGAGAGCGAGAUCAACAUCACCAGCGACGAGGAGCCCCGGACGGCGCCCAGCAGCGGUGGCAGCAGCAGCGGCAGCAGCAGCACCGGGGGAGCUUCGUCGAGGGAGGCCGGUCUGGCCUGCUACGUCUGCGGCUCCCCCCUGACACCGGUCUCGCAGCAGCGCAUCCAUGUGCAGAAGCAGGAGAAAGCCUCGACGGCGCCGUUCUUCCCCUUCCUCUGGCUGCACAGCCCACCGCCCGGUGCCCUCCCGCUCAGCCCCUCGGGCAGCGCCCUGGUCUGCCCUACCUGCCACGCCUCACUCAUGCAGCAGUGGCACAGCUUCGAGGGUGCCGAUGUGCCUGUCCUGCAGCGGCUCUACGUGGUGCCCCUGGCGGCCGCCCAGCCCCGGAGGGCCGGGCUGACCAGAGAGGAAGGGCCCCCGGGGGCCCCACUGCCCCGCUCGCCAGAAGUCUGCUACCUCUGCGGGGAGGACUGCACCCAGGACUGGCGCUCUGUCUCGGUCAAAGCCCCCAACGGCAGCUCCAAGGCAGCCAUGCACUUCCCCUUCCUCAGCCAUCUGCCCUGCCCGCCACGGGCCAAGGGGCCGGACCAGCGCUCUCAGGUGCGCAGCUGUCCCCGCUGCUACCUGGUACUGCAGGACCUGUGGGCCACCUACCGUGCCUGUCGCAACGAGCAGUGCAUCACUUCUGUGCAGAGUUUUCUGGGCAGGUACCAGCAGGUCUUUGCAGCUGUUGGGGAGGCUGAGGCCAGGACCCCCAGCUUGACCCAGACGGGCCUGGCCUCCGGCUGCUUCAUCUGCGGUGCCCAGCUGGGCCCUGGCAAGGAGUUCCAAGUCAGUGUCAACCCGGCUGCCGGCCGUUUUGGUGAAAAGGAGCCCUUUUUCCCUUUCCUGGCGGUGUACCCGCCAGCUCCGCGGGCCAGACCAGCCGACGCCACAGGGAUCGUGGCCACCUGCCUGCUGUGCUACCACGACCUCCUGGCCCAGUGGCUGCAGCAUGAACGGGGCAGCGCCCAGCACCCCAGCAGCGCCUGGUCCCGGCAGUACAAAGUGGACACCUUUGCUUGCUUCUUCUGCCGUCAAGAGAAGAAACGGCAUCUUGGAUUAAGAGCGGUACCAGUGACCCGGCUGCCCGUCUUCUUGGGUUCCUUCCGGGGUCCAGGCACCUUGCUGGUGGAUGAUGGCAAGCGGCUGACCAUUGGCGCCUGCCCCGAGUGCGCCGUGCUGGUGCUGGCAGGCAAAUCGGCCGUGGCCAGGGAUCUUUUGGCUCUGCCCGCAACUGCGCCUCUGUCUCUCCAAAAGGCCCCCCUCCUGCCUUCAGAGGCGUCUUGUGCAAAUCCAGGGGUGGCAGACGAGACUGCCCAGCGUCCUCCGGGCACCGCAGAGGGCACGGCUGCGGGAAACGGAGCCAGGCUGGACAGCAGGGCCACGUUGAAUGUGGACGAAGCAGCCCCACCAGCUACAAGCAUGAGCCAUGAGCCAAAGUCACCCUCUCUAGGAAUGCUUUCAACCGCCACCCGGACUACCGCUACCGUCAGCCCCCUGACCCCUUCUCCUAUCAAUGGCGCCCUCGUGCCCACUGGCAGUCCGGCAGCCAACAGCACUUUACAAGUCCAGGCCGUGCCCUCCUCCAGCUUUGCCGCCGCCUUGCGCAAACUAGCCAAACAGGCCGAAGAUCCCAGAGGGUCUUCGAUAAGCAGUGAAUCUUCCCCAGUUUCCUCGCCAGCCACCAACCACAGCUCUCCUGCAAGCACGCCCAAACGAGGACCCAUGGGGCCUCUCAUCGUUCCUCCGGGAGGGCACAGCGUGCCGAACACCCCUCCUGUGGUAACCAUUGCACCCACCAAAACUGUGAAUGGCGUCUGGAGAAGUGAAGGGCGGCAGCAAGAAGCUAGCUCCCGAAGCGGUGGUGGAGGCAGCAACGGGAGCCGGGACCGCCUGAUCACAGAGGCUCCGUUGCCCCAGGAGAAAGGCAGCGGCCCAACGGUCCCUUCGCAUUUGCUGGGGGCGCCUUAUUCCUUUGCAAUCCCACCCAACUCCAUCGUCCAAGAUUCCCGUUUCCCACCUCUCAACCUCCAGCGUCCUGUCCAUCAUGUGGUGCCUCCUAGUGCCGUCACCGAGGACUACCUGCGGAGUUUCCGGCCCUACCACACAGCCGAGGAGCUGCGGAUGUCCUCCUUGCCUCCCCUCACUUUGGACCCUGCCACUGCUGCUGCUUAUUACCAUCCCAGCUAUUUGGCUCACCACCCUUUCCCUCAUCCGGCUUUCAGAAUGGAUGAUUCCUACUGCCUUUCGGCUCUUCGCUCUCCUUUCUACCCAAUUCCAACUCCUGGUUCGCUCCCACACCUCCACCCAUCGGCCAUGCACCUCCACUUAUCAGGAAUGAGGUAUCCUGCCGAGUUGUCCCAUUCCUCUCUUUCGGCACUUCAGUCAGAACGCCUCUCCAGUCUGACCGCGGAACGGUUGCAGUUGGACGAGGAGCUACGGCAACGGGAGCGAGAGAAGGAGCGGGAACGGGAAGCCGAUCGGGAAAGGGAGCGGGAACGGGAAAGGGAGCGGGAAAAGGAGCUGGAACGAGAACGGGAGCGAGAGCGGGAACGGGAGCUGGAAAGGCAGCGCGAGAGAGCCCGGGAAAAAGAGCAGAGCAUCAUCAAAGCCAUGGAAGGCCCCUUCCUGUCGGUCUCAGAGUUGCAGGGGCCAAGGGCCCAUCCAGCCGAAGAACGUGUCAAACCAUCGGAACAGCUAACGCCAAACCGAGCAGAAAAACCAAAGGACUCUUCUGCUGCCCAGGCCCCAAAAGCGGUCCAGCCUCCGUUGCACCAGCCAUCUGCCUCGCAGCACCCGGUGCCUAGCUUGAUUUCCAGCCACUGUAUAUUCCCCCCGCCUGGAAGCAGCACAGCCGCCGCACUCCUCAUCCAACGCACCAAUGAGGAGGAAAAAUGGCUGGCACGCCAACGGCGGCUACGGCAAGAGAAGGAAGAUCGACAGUCCCAGGUGUCUGAGUUUCGGCAGCAGGUCCUGGAACAGCAUUUGGACAUCGGGCGCCCAGCCGGACAGAUGGAAGUGGAGCAUCGGCCAGAGAACUCCAGACUGGGUCCAAGCCGCGCCGAACUGGGGGUUCGAGAGCAACCCCAGCAUUUUGGAGGGCCCCCUCCACUCAUAUCUCCCAAACCACAGCCCCAUCCGGUGCCCACGUCGCUCUGGAACCCGGUCUCCUUGAUUGACAGCACCACGGAAGCUCGGAGGCUACAGGAGACCCACCCGCUCCCCACCCACACCAGCCCCUAUGAGUCCAACCGGCAAGCCAUCCCUUUGGUCAAAGUGGAACGAGUCUACUGUCCCGAGAAAGUUGAGGACGGAGCCCGGAAAAAGGAACAUUUGGACAAAUACCAACCUGGCCGGGAGACAGGUGGAUCCGAGCCUAGUGGGUUUCCCCACGGACCCUUAUUAAGCGAAUGGGAGAAGCCCCUGCAGCAGAGAACCCCCCACCCACAAAGCGUACCAUUUGUUGAGGCGUUGAAGAACCAGACGGGCUCCCCGUACAGGCAUCUCCUACCCAGAGGCCAUGAUCCUAUGUAUGUUUACGACGAAUUCUUGCUCCAGCAACGCAAGCUGGUCAGCAAGCUGGACUUGGAGGAGAGGAAGAGGAGGGAAGCCCAGGAGAAAGGAUAUUAUUAUGAUCUGGACGAUUCCUACGAUGAGAGCGAUGAAGAGGAGGUACGGGCUCACCUACGCUGUGUGGCAGAGCAGCCCCCUUUGAAGCUGGACACUUCCUCCGAGAAGCUGGAGUUCCUGCAGCUUUUUGGGCUGACCACUCAGCAACAGAAGGAGGAGCUGCUGAUCCAGAAACGGAGGAAAAGACGGAGGAUGUUGCGGGAGAGCAGCCCUUCCCCGCCCACCAUCCAGAACAAGCGUCCCAUGCCUUCCCCUCGUUUUGUGCUCUCCACACGUUACAGCCCGGAUGAAAUGAACCACAGUCCCAACUUUGAAGAGAAGAAGAGGUUUCUAACGACCUUCAACUUAACCCACAUUACUGCGGAAAAGAGGAAAGAUAAAGAGAAGUUGGCAGAGAUGCUUCAUGCCAUGAAACAAAAGAAUGCAUGCACAGCACCAUCAGUUAAAAGCUCCCCACGAGACAGUCCCAGUAUUGUCCAAGCUGACUCCCAAGUCCAUCAAACGGCAGCCUCGGACUUGGAGAAACCAGUCGGCGUUGCCCCAGCGUCUCUGCCGGAAGGCCAGAAGACCACGGAGUCCUCCAGAACAAAUCACCUGAGACCCCACGACUUUUCCAGAGCCAAAGAGCCCGUUCCUCCCCCUGCUGAGAAGCCCCGGCUGAGCGACAGGCACACGGUCAAGAAGAACUUCACCCUCCUGAACUGCGUCCGGGGCUCUUUGCCGAAAGAGAUCCCCGUUCCGCUCUCCCACAGUAUGAACGGGAAGAACAAGCAGUGGGAACCGUUCCUUGCCGAGGAGUUUGCACACCAGUUCCACGAGUCCGUCUUGCAGUCCACCCAGAAGGCUUUACAGAAACACAAAGGCAAUCCAAUGGUUCAUUCGGCGGAGCAGAACCACAAAGUGGACGCUUCCAUCCAUUAUAACAUUCCGGAACUGCAGACUUCCAGCUGGGGCUCUUUGCCGCAGCACAAUGGACAGAAAGAUUCCCAGCACAAGGGACUGAUUCCUCCAGAACACGAGAAGAUCUCGGAUUCCGAAGAAGACGAGGAAGACGAAGAGGAAGAGGAGGAGUACCCCAGACCAAAAUGGCAUGGGAUCGAAGCCGUCUUUGAGGCUUAUCAAGAGCAUGUCGACGAGCAAAACCUGGAACGGCAAGUGCUGCAGACCCAAUGCCGACGUUUAGAGGCCCAGCACUACAGCCUCAGUCUGACCGCAGAACAGCUCUCGCACACCAUGACGGAACUAAAGAACCAGAAGCAGAAAAUUGUCUCGGAAAGGGAACGGAUUCAGGCUGAACUCGAUCACUUGCGAAAGUGCCUUGCGUUGCCUGCCAUGCAGUGGUCCCGGAGUUAUUUCAAGGGGUAUCCCAGGUGACAUGCCCUUGCACUAGGCCAAACAUAGAGUAUAGAAAUAAUAAUUAAUAAUAAUAAUAAUAAUCUAUUUUAUUACCUGGAAUAUUUAAUAUUUUUCACGGGGAGGUUUGAAGCUUAAAUAAAUAAUAAAUAAAAAAGAAUAAAUAAAUAAAUCAAAAGGAUGUGCCAUGCAUGGAGCAAAAAAAAAAAAAAAAAAGGAUUCGGCGGGAAGCCAGGAAAAAAAAAAAUCGGAACCCCGCCUCUUUUAAAAAGUGCAACCGAACUCUGAGACUUUAUUUUAUUUUUUGAAACUCUGCGAGUGAUCCAUUUAGAUGAAAGUCUACGUUUUCAAGACAUUGGAAAGAGUUCGUUUUCUUUCGGCGUCUCCAUCUGCUUUUUUCCUUCUCUCGCUCUCUUUUUUUUUUUUUUUUUGUCUUUUGAAGAUCUUGGUUGGAUCCGGAGAUUCCAUCAAUGACACUAAAUGUUUGCCUCCUGUUGUCGAAGGAGCCGCCGGAUUUAAAAUCCUGGCUUGCGCGCCUUCUCGUUGCCA